CAAGCCUAGAGAGGCUGUGGAAAUUUUCAAGAGCGGGUUUGACAGCCACUUCCCUGGGAUGGUUUAGUUAGGAGUGGGCAGGAGGCUGGACUACAUAGUUUUAUAAGGUCUCUUCCAGUCCUGUGAUCCCAAGCAGAGGGAGCAGAAUGCUUAUUUGAAAGAAGGUAUGUUUUAACGUUGCUUCAGCAGCACAGAAGUCUGCUUCCCGUGUAUGUCUUCAAGGGAGAAGAAACAGGAUGGAAGAGAAUAACCUGAGGGAUAAGACAAAGACAAGUGAUGACAGGCACUACUUAAACAAGUAUAAAGGAAGGACUACUAUUGAAGCAAACCAGUUCUUUUCAGAGGUGGAAGAAACGCUAUUUCAAACUUAGAGGUCGAACCCUUUACUAUGCUAAGGACUCAAAGUCUCUAAUAUUUGAUGAAGUCGACCUGUCAGAUGCCAGUGUAGCUGAAUCAAGCACAAAAAAUGUCAACAACAGCUUCACGAUAAUCACUCCAUUUAGGAGGCUCAUAUUGUGUGCUGAGAACAGAAAAGAAAUGGAGGACUGGAUCAGCUCUCUGAAGUCUGUGCAAUCUAGAGAACAUUAUGAGACCGCACAGUUUAAUGUGGAACAUUUCUCAGGGAUGCAUAACUGGUACGCCUGCUCCCAUGCCCGACCUACCUUCUGUAAUGUGUGCAGAGAGAGCCUCUCUGGAGUUACUUCUCAUGGCCUAUCUUGUGAAGUGUGCAAAUUUAAAGCACAUAAAAGGUGUGCAGUCAGGGCAACAAAUAACUGCAAGUGGACUACGUUAGCCUCCAUUGGGAAGGAUAUCAUUGAGGAUGAAGAUGGUAUAGCUAUGCCUCACCAGUGGUUAGAGGGUAAUUUACCUGUUAGUGCCAAAUGUGCAGUCUGUGACAAGACCUGUGGCAGUGUUUUACGCCUACAAGAUUGGAAGUGCCUUUGGUGUAAAGCUAUGGUUCACACUGCCUGUAGAGAUCUUUAUCCUCGUAAGUGUCCGCUUGGCCAAUGUAAAGUAUCCAUCAUACCUCCCACAGCUCUAAACAGCAUAGACUCUGAUGGUUUUUGGAAAGCUACCUGCCCACCAUCCUGUGCCAGCCCUCUCUUAGUUUUUGUUAACUCAAAGAGUGGAGAUAAUCAGGGAGUAAAAUUUCUUCGUCGAUUCAAACAGUCACUAAAUCCAGCUCAGGUGUUUGAUUUAAUGAAUGGAGGACCUCAUUUAGGUUUAAGGCUGUUUCAGAAGUUUGACAACUUCCGGAUCCUCGUAUGCGGUGGAGAUGGAAGCGUUGGUUGGGUUUUGUCGGAAAUUGAUAAACUCAGCUUGCACAAACAGUGUCAGUUGGGAGUGUUACCUCUUGGUACUGGAAAUGACCUUGCCCGGGUCCUUGGUUGGGGAGGGUCAUGUGAUGAUGACACACAGCUUCCUCAAAUUUUGGAGAAGUUGGAACGUGCCAGCACUAAAAUGCUAGACAGGUGGAGUAUUAUGUCAUAUGAACUAAAAUUACCUUCAAAGCCUUCUAUUCUUCCAGUUACUCCAGAAGAGGAAUCUGAGGAAUGUCAGAUAUCUGCCUAUGAGGAUUCAGUAGCUGCUCAUCUUGCAAAAAUCCUCAAUUCUGAUCAACACUCAGUUGUCAUAUCAUCUGCCAAGGUAUUAUGUGAAACUGUAAAGGACUUUGUUGCCAAAAUAGGGAAGACUUAUGAAAAAGCUAUGGAAAAUGCAGAUGAAGCUGAUUCCAUGACCCUUAAAUGUUCAGAAUUAAAUGAGAAGCUAGACCUGUUGCUCCAGGCUCUUCACACUGAAUCCCAGGCCACUCCCAUGCUGCCACGUAUCACUCCCCCCAUUGUGGAAGAAGAAGUGGAAGAGUAUUCAAGUGAAGAAUCCUUAUCUGAAAGCAAGGAGAGUGAAGGAAAGUCUUCUACCCAGAAAAUCUUCAAACCAAGAGAACAGUUAAUGCUGCGGGCAAACAGCUUAAAGAAGGCUGUAAGGCAGAUCAUUGAACAGGCAGAAAAAGUUGUGGAUGAACAGAAUGCUCAUACUGAAGAACAAGAGAACCAGUCUGCUCUAGAAUAUAGUAAAGAAUUGGAAGAAUCCAAGGAAGAGGAAAAAGAGGAAGAUACAAGGGAACAUGAAUUCCAGUCAACCAAAACUGCACCAAGAUCUCCAGAUCGACGUACAAGUCGAGCUGUCCAUUCUCAGACAGGCUCUUUCUCUGCCGCAGCCUUGGCAGCCAGUAAAGAAAACCUCCCAGUGCUUAACACUAGAAUAAUCUGUCCAGGUUUAAGGGCUGGCCUUGCUGCCUCUAUUGCAGGAAGUUCUAUUAUCAGCAAAAUGUUACUUGCAAACAUUGAUCCAUUUGGUGCUACACCAUUUAUUGACCCUGAUCCAGAUUCAUUGGAAGGAUAUUCAGAAAAGUGCGUCAUGAACAACUACUUUGGAAUUGGAUUAGACGCAAAAAUUUCAUUAGAAUUUAAUAAUAAACGAGAAGAACACCCUGAAAAGUGCAGAAGCCGGACAAAGAAUAUGAUGUGGUAUGGUGUACUUGGUACAAAAGAAUUACUGCAAAGGACCUAUAAGAACUUAGAACAAAAAGUUCAACUUGAGUGUGAUGGACAGUACAUCCCCCUCCCCAGUCUUCAAGGCAUAGCUGUGCUAAACAUCCCAAGUUAUGCUGGUGGGACUAAUUUCUGGGGUGGAACCAAAGAGGAUGACAUAUUUGGAGCACCAUCAUUUGAUGACAAAAUUUUAGAAGUUGUUGCAGUGUUUGGCAGCAUGCAGAUGGCAGUGUCAAGAGUCAUCAAAUUGCAACACCACAGAAUAGCUCAGUGUCGGUCAGUAAAGAUCACCAUCCUUGGAGAUGAAGGGGUCCCAGUGCAAGUAGAUGGAGAGGCUUGGAUUCAGCCCCCUGGGGUUAUUAAAAUUGUACAUAAAAACAGAGCUCAGAUGCUAACACGAGACAGAGCUUUUGAAAGCACUCUGAAGUCUUGGGAAGAUAAGCAGAAGUGUGAUUCCUGCAAGCCUGUCCUGCGGUCUCAGCUGUACCCUCAACAGGCCAUUGACUUGGCUACAGAAGAAGAAGUUGGUCAGAUCCAGCUGUGUUCACAAGCUGCAGAAGAACUUAUUACCAGGAUCUGUGAAGCAGCAAAAACGCACAGCCUGCUGGAACAAGAGCUUGCUCAUGCUGUCAAUGCAUGUUCCCAUGCAUUAAAUAAAGCCAAUCCAAGGUUUCCUGAGAGUCUUACCAGAAACACUGCCACUGAAAUAGCUGUCAAUGUGAAGGCACUACAUAAUGAAACGGAAUCUUUACUAGUAGGAAGGGUUCCUUUGCAAUUGGAAUCCUACCAUGAAGAACUGCUAUCUGAUGCUUUGCACAGUGUAGAGAUUGAGUUAAGAAAACUCCCUGAGAUUCCAUGGCUUUAUUAUGUUUUCCAAUCAAAUGACGAUGAGGAUCCCCCUCUGGAUUAUGCUAAAAGAAACAACAGAAGUACAGUAUUUCGCAUAGUGCCAAAGUUUAAAAAGGAAAAGGUCCAAAAGCAUAAGACCAGCUCUCAGCCUGUUCAAAAAUGGGGCACAGAUGAAGUUGCUGCUUGGCUGGAUCUGCUCAGUUUGGGAGAGUACAAAGAAAUCUUCAUCAGCCAUGACAUCCGAGGCUCUGAGCUUUUACACCUGGAAAGGCGAGAUCUUAAGGACCUGGGGAUAACGAAAGUGGGACAUAUGAAGCGAAUUCUCCAGGGAAUUAAGGAGCUUAGCAAGAACACACAUUUGUCUGAUGUGUAAUUAUACUGGUGCUAUCACUGGAGAGAGGAAGAACUGCUAGUUAAGCAAAGCCAUUGAAGGCACUUUGCUGUCUUUGUAGUUUACUAUAUGGAUGAGUAGGCACUGGUAUACCAUGCAAGUUAAUAUAUCUGUAGUCUUGUGUGGGGAAGAGCCUGAAGUAUGAAUCUGAGAGGUUUGGUGCCAAAAAAGAGGUUAUAAAUUCCAUGAUAAUGUUUGCUUAAUGUGUAAACUUGACCGGUUCAAAUAAGCACAUUUUGGUUAAGAGAUCUGUGUAUGGUGAAAUGUGUUGCCUGGAAAGUGUAAUUAAGAAACAGUUGCUUUGCUUUAGGUGGCCCAGUGUGGCUCCUUUUAAGUGCAGUAACAUAUCACUGUACAGCAUGAGGUAGUCUCAAUAUAUUUGAGACACAGCUGCCCUAAAAGGUUCUGUACAGAGAUGGAUCAUUUUUAGUUUUGCAUGUGAACUGACAUUGCCUCAGGUACCUAUCACUCCCUGGCCAAGGAAUAUGGUUGAAGACAACUUGUAUACCAUGAAUGCAAACUAUAAUGCAUGGUAUGCCUGCUUGAAUUGUCCGUUUUUCUGUUGCAUGGCACAUCUGGUAUUUUAAACACUUGAACAACUUUGAUAUCAGUUUUAAUAAGAUUUAAUUUAUUAAUACUUGUGCAUUUUUUUCUUUUGGGUUUUUUUUUUUUGGUUAUAGGCACUUUUCUAUUCAUUCUUCAGUGUUGUAUUUUACUUAAAUAUGUUCGGUGGCAAAGGACUUGUGAGUGUGAACACUUAGCGACUGUGCCAUAUUCAGCAAAUAAUGUGCAUUAUAUAUGAUUGAAACGUUGUAUAGUUAGAUCUUUAAAUUUGCCAUGUACAGUAGGUAUUUCAGGUCAUUAAUUUAUGAGUGUUUUGGAAAACCGGUACCUCACAAAAUUUAUCAGUUGGCUUGUCACAUGGAAAAUCACAAAGAUUUUUUUCUCAUGAUUCAUUUAAUGGAGUUCGUUGGUUACCUUGAAUAUCCGUAGCAUAUUUGAACUGUUAAGAAGUAACAAUGCCACUUUAUUGUGCCAAAAUGUUAAUGCGGUCCUUUUUUAAGUGAGCAGCAAAUUCAUUUUACAUAUCCUAUGUAUGAAAAAGUAAAAAAAAAAAAAAAGGAACAGCUAUGUCAAUUUGUGGGGUAAACUUUUAUUCAUACUAUUUUAAUAAUUUCUUUUAAAGGCUCAUAAAAUACCAAAACAUUGUGCAUAGCUCAUCUGCAUAGCUAUAUUCCACCUGUUUCUUGUUACUGCAUUGGUAGGUCAUACAAGCAGAUUUAGUAAAUGUGGUAAUACUUCCCGAAGCACAGAAUGAGCAGAAACAUGUCAAGAAUGAAUGUAGUUUAUACUGAACAUUAGAGCAGUUUAUAAAAAAAAAAAUAUGACUUAAACAAGAAGUAGCUUCAUAAUUGACAACUUAAUUUUUCACAAAGUAUUUAUAAUAGAAAACAGAAUGUAAAUAUCCAUGGAAGUUAAAAUUACAGGAAAACUACUGAAGUAUUUUUAGAUAAUAUGUUGAUACAAAUUUGUGUAUGGCUAUAUACAGUUGUAAGUAAACUUGUAUAAAAAAGAUCACUUUUUGCUAUUUGUGAGAAUGCAUCUUGCCAGCAAAAGAGCCUUGGCUUUUAUUAACCAAAUAUCCUCAGCAGCAGAAGCUUUGCUAACCCUUGAAAAUUAAAGAGCACAUUCCUAGAUAUGUAUUCAUUUGUAUUUACUAUCUGAUACUAGAGAAAAUUUGCAUUUGGUUUUAAAAAGUUUGUUUUUCACAAUGAAAGGGAACAGUGUCGAAUAUUACUAGGUCCUACUUUGACCAGUCUGUAUUGUUUGUCUUAAUAUGAGGAAGAUUUGUCCCUGGAAAGUAAAAAUCUUGAUGAUUAUUCUUUUUUGAAAAAAAAGACCAUAUGCCACUAUGUUGCCAAGAAAUAUGAAAAAGGGGGGGCAAAAAGCCCAAAUUAUGCUAAAGUACAUUGCUAUAUGUUCUUCUGCUGUAGAUAAAAUAAGAGCCAAUCCCAUGAUCAUCUGGCAUAGUAGAUUAUACUGGUAAUCAAACAAAGGAAUGAGUUUAUGUUCCAUUAAGUUUACAGCAACAACCAAAACAAACACUGCUUGCUAAGUGACAUUAUUUUUGAACUGUUGUAUUAAAAGGGCAUGCAAACAAUGGACAGUUUUUUAAAAUGUACUUAACACUGACCUCUUUAAAAGAUAUUCAGAUAGUAUCUGUCAUGUCUUCAUGAACCAUCUUUCCUUGCUUUCCUACUCCACUGUAAGCUACAGUGUUUGUAUUGUGUGGCAGCAUUCUAAUGUGUGAGUAUUCUGAGAGGAUUAGCCUUGUUCAUUCAAGUUCAUAAUUCAUAAAAGGGUUUGGUUUGCUUUCUUACAGAAUGAUUGCUCCCUUACAUGCUCACUGCUUUAUUACUCAAUGCAUAGAAUUGGACAUGUGGAGCAAGGUUUCUUAAGACUAGGCAGUGAUUGAAAGAGGCCUCCACAGAGUGCAGCUGGAAAGUGUGAGCCUCUCUUUUAAGCAGGAAAAAAUGGCUUAUGUUAAUAAUUAAACUUUUUUUGUCAUGCCUCAGAUUACCUCAGUGCAGAACGGAAUUUUUCAUUUAUUGUCUUUGUGUAUUAUGGGGUGUUUUUUUUUUUUUUCAAAUGAUUGCCAAAGAAUUUAACUUCAGUUAUAUAAGGGGAGGAUUUUUUUAAUGGACAAAGGUAUUUCAGAAUUUAUUUAUAUAGUUUUUGACAGAAGCCCAGGAAAGCAAAAUUUUGUGUGCACCUAUGACUUAAAACUUCAUUGAACAUCAGUUCCAUGUGCUGCUGAAGUAGAUCUAAAAUACAAGAAGGGAUGCCUUUACUGUGGGCAUAAGCUUGUAACCUUGUUUAGGGAAAUGGGUUUUCUACAGAAAGUAGUUUUUAAACACAGUGUUGCCAGCUCUGAGUUUAUUGUCAGUCGGUCUGUCUACAUCUGCAUUUAUACCAGUUUAAAUUUACUGCAUAAUAAGCAGGAAUAGGCUGGCAUCUACACGUGCAGAGCAGCUUGCUAUGUGCCCCUGUGGCCCCUGGGAGGAGCUCCAGCCUCCUGCCACAUG